UUCCAGGAAAAUGUCCAAGGCAGACGAAGGACGUCUGAUACAUAUUGCCAAGAAACGUGAACGUGCUAAGGAAGCAAUCGAGCAAAGGCGGCGGAAACUAGAGGAAGAAACGAAAAGUCUGAAAUCAGGCAUCACGACAAAAUUCACGGCGAAUUACGAUGCUAUAGAAGAUUCUCUAAAAACUAGUACUGUUGGUUUGGUAACGCUGGACGAAAUGCGAGAAAAGCAACGAGAUGUGGUUGAAGCGAGGAAGUACAGCGAGUGCGGUUAUUAGCUGUCAAUUUGACUGGAUACUUCGAUACUUCUGCAGGGAGUUGCAAAGAGCGAUUGAAGGGAGUUCGAAGGAAGGUGUCAGAAGUGCGGCUAGCGAUAGUAAAGGCUGUCAAAAACGAGUGCUUUCUUUUGCAUUCGAUGAUGAUGAUGGCGAUGAGGAUGUGGCAUCUGCGCCAUUGGAAAAGAAACGAGUUGGUAUGGAUCCAACGGUGGAGACCGCAUUCCUUCCAGAUCGUAAUCGAGAAAAAGAGAUGGCUAAGUUGAAGGAAGAUCUCGCAAAAGAGUGGCAGGCGUUGCAGGAGAAAGAGAAAAAUGAAGAGAUUAACAUUGCAUUCGUAUACUGGGAUGGCUCUAGUCACCGGAAGGACUUGAAAAUGAAGAAAGGAAAUACUAUAUCACAAUUUCUUGUCCGAGCACUUGAAUUGUUGAAAAGGGAAUUCAGCGAAACGCGGGCAGCUGUGCCGGAAAGUUUAAUGUUUGUUAAGGAGGAUCUCAUCAUACCUCAUUUCUACACGUUUCAAGACUUCAUUGUAACGAAAGCGAUGGGCAAAACUGGUCCUCUCUAUGAAUUUGAUGCCGCGGGAGAAAUACGGCUAAGACAGGAUGCUGCUGUAGAUUGUGGUGAAUCUCAUCCAGCCAAGGUUGUACUACGAAGUUGGUACGAAAAGAAUAAGCAUAUAUAUCCGGCAUCGCGAUGGGAAGCUUUUGUGCCGAACAAAGAAUAUAGACGAACAAUCGAUGACCUCACCACCAUUUGAGCAGUGAAAAUAAAUCUGGUGGUAGUCCCGCGUUCUAGUUUGACACAAACCGCUAAAGAUGUUCCAAAGGGGUAAAGUAUGCUUGCAUCCUAGCUCAUGGGUCUUCCCAUUUUUAGUUUAUUUUUCCAUUUUGGCACUGUUGAUAAUCAUCCUAUAACUUUAUUAUGUGUACAAUCAUUCCCCACUA